UUCAUUUCCACGUGUCCUGGGGUUGUGACGUCAGGACAAGAUGGCGGCGUUGUGCGCGAGGAGCUUGGGGAAGGUCGGCAGGCUGUUUUCACACAGCACGAGUUUCUCAGGCUGGAAUCCGGUGCCGCUGUCCACGCGGCUCUGUGCGCGAGCUCACGGCGGCAGUGCGCAGGGACCUGCACGCGCUCUGAGACGGACCGGAAACGGCGGAGCGGCGCUCAGGUGUGUGUUCCUGCUCGGAGGUGGACUCGGUUUGUACCACAGCGUUAAACACACGGUGCAGAAGCAGCACGCGCAGCAGCACGAGGCAGCUGAUGAGGGACGGGAUCUGAAGCUGACGCUGUAUCAGUAUAAAACCUGUCCGUUCUGCAGUAAAGUGCGAGCCUUCCUGGACUACCAUGGCCUCCCGUACCAAGUGGUGGAGGUUAACCCCGUCAUGCGGCAGGAGAUCAAGUGGUCUACCUACAGGAAAGUUCCCAUCCUGAUGGUGAACGAAAGCGUGCAGCUGAACGACUCGUCCGUGAUCAUUAGCGCACUGAUGACGUACCUGAUCAGCAGGGAGAAGAGCGUUCCUGAGAUCCUGAGCUGUUAUCCUGAAAUGAAGGCAAAGAACCACAGCGGCAAAGACGUGACCGAGUUCGGGAACAAGUACUGGGUGAUGGUGGACGAAACCAGACACAGGCAGUUCUAUCCAGAGAAAACGUCCAGGCAAGAGGAAAUAAAAUGGCGUCAGUGGGCAGACGACUGGCUCGUGCACCUCAUCUCCCCUAAUGUGUACCGGACCCCGGCCGAGGCUCUGGCUUCCUUCGACUACAUCGUCCGCGAAGGAAAGUUCGGAACCUUCGAAGGCUUCUUUGCCAAGUACGUAGGAGCAGCGGCCAUGUGGCUCAUCUCCAAACGGCUCAAGAGCAGACACAAUCUGCAGGAUGACGUGAGGCAGGACCUGUACAAGGCGGUGAACGACUGGGUGGCAGCCAUCGGGAAAAACAAGAAAUUCAUGGGAGGAGAAAAACCCAACCUCGCCGACCUGGCGGUGUUUGGUGUUCUGAGGGUCAUGGAGGGUCUUCAGGCUUUCGACGACAUGAUGGAGAACACGAAAGUGAAGAAGUGGUACGGACGCAUGCAGAACGCCCUGCGCCAUCAUCACCAGUGACACACACACACAUACACACACACACACAGAGGUGCAUGCACUGAUUCUGAUAAUAUAUUUCUCUCGCUCAUGUAACUAUAAAUAAAGAAUAUAAAUGCCUCCUGAA